CGCUACAUACUCCAUAUGAGCUGCAAUGUUCCGGUCCCGUCGUCUCCCAUCCGCCCCGGACGAGAUAUACUCAUCUAGUCUCGAGACACUCCACCUGGGCCGUGCCCUCUGGUAUCCCGAGCCGCAUUCAACGGGUGAACCACAGAUCGGGGACGUGGGCUACAUGCGCGAGGGCGCAUUCGUUAGGCUAUUCAACCUCGAUACCUCUGCGCCUGAAAAGAGGGUGACGUUUUGGCCGACGCCGUUCGAGAAUAUAGAACCCUUGCCCGCAAACGUAUUCCAGAUCGACUCCAGACGUCGUCCGCUUGCUCCCGACCAUUAUUGCAGCCAUGGAGUCGAGACCAAGGGAUUGCAUGCCUCAGCGGACGCAACGACCGGUACAGGCGUGUCCGCGAGCCUCAGCGCCAAGUACAUGUGCAAGGCAGCGCAGGGCGCGGUUCUCGAGCUCAAGAGCGAGGCGUACGCCGAAUCGAUAUACGAAAGCCGAAUUCUGGAGAAAUAUAUUCUGCGGCACCACGACAGCUGGCACGCGUAUGUCAGAAACGUGCUCGGUCAUCGAGUCGAGCAGGAGAACCUCGUCGUGGUUAGCGGGUGGGUCAAGACCGAGGCCGAUUGGGCAACGGUUGCAUUCGGCAACAUGAGCACAAGUACCAGUGUCUCAGUCGAAGGCCGUGCUGGCGGCGUUGCAGGGAUCCAAAUGGGCGGCGAGCGCACGAGCUCCGUGACUGGUCCAAAAAUGCACCGGCACGGCGAGCACUAUGCAGAGAACGCGUCCGGCGUCCGCCCAGCAGACACAAAGAGAGACCAAUGUGUCUUCUUGAGGCGUUUAAUGUUAAGAAAGCGGCCGAUGCUGCCACGGAAGAUCGUUGCCGGGGCGGGCCAUCAUCGGCUUCCGGGUCCGGAAGACGGGAGAGAAGCUUUGAGACAGGAAGAAAUUGUGGUGCAGGAGGUGGAGGAGCUCGAUGGUUCAGACAUCUGGGAGCUUGUGGGCGAGGGCGAGGCUGCCGAUCCGCUGAACAUCCUUCUUGAUUACAUCCUGGAGACUACCAACGUGGAGGUUGCCAUCGUGAGCGACGAACAAGUUGAUAGUAUCGUCGGUGGCAAUCGGCUAGUUGACUUCGCAAGCUACCUCCGUCAAGUGCAACCCCCGGUUGAGGUCGACGGCAAGCUUGGCUCGCUGUGCUUGGAGGAUGUGAUCUCUCACGAACGAGAACGUGCUUUCGCGCGGCGCGCCAUCAUCGCUUCCGACUCAUCUAUAUGGUUAGACAUCACUUUUGACGACGCGGGCCGCCUGGAGGACGGAUGCGCCUUCCUCGGCCCCGCAGAAGGGCCGGCACGAUCCCUCAAACUGAAGCUGCUCAGCUUUUCUGACUCUCGAUCUCCAUCGGAAAUAUGCGAAUCCUUUGCCAUGUCAAAGGAUACCAAGCUUCUGGCGGCAUCGUUCAAGAGUAAGGAAAUCCUCAUAUGGCGGCUCUCUGACGGUCUCCUAGUCCAACGCCUGCGCCACGAUGGCCACACGAACAAUGCUUCCUCUCUAUCAUUCUCUCCUCAUAACUGCACCCUCGUCUCUGGAUCUGAUGACAAGAGCGCGAUUGUCUGGGACAUCCGGAGCGGCCGUGUACUUCUACGCCUUAAAGAUCUCGAACGCGGUAGGCAGGUGAACCAAGUCGCUUACACUCCUCAUGGCACGCUCAUUGCAACUGGCGCUCGCGGUGAGGGAUCCGCCGCGGUAAAGAUCUGGAAUGCCUCAACUGGAGUUUGCCUACACUCCUUCGACACAGGUGCUGAUGAACACAUAUACAAUGUCGCAUUCUCUCCGGACAGCUCGCUUUGCUACGUUGAACAGGAUCACUCCUGUCGCAUCUUUGAUAUCCGCACCUAUACGCACAUUGCUACAUUGCAGCAUAAUAGCAGGGGCUAUUACCUCCGCUGGUCGAUGUCUCACCAAGGAGAUCUCAUUGUCACCGGAUCGGUGAACGAACAGGUGAACAUUUGGAGCGCGGUCACUGGCGAAGAGCUUCUCACUAUCGACCACUCGGAAAAACUCUCGCACCCCGUUACAUUCUCCGCAGACGGGACCGAGGUAUCGGCGGUUUGUGGCGCGGGCAGAACCGCUUUAGCGGUGUAUGACUCACGGACAGGCCAGCUGCGUCAUGUCUACAAUUCGUCGAACGAGAUAUCUUGCGUGGCAUACUGUCCGAAAGGGGAUUAUGUUGCCUUAGGUGCCUCCUGUGGAGAUGUCGAAGUGUGCGACGCGAAGUCUUGGGCUCUUCUCGCAAAGAUUGUGCGGGGCGAAGGCGACGGGGAUCUCGAGGAGACUCAUUUUCUUUCUGACGGUCGAACUCUUCUGAUGCGUUUCGAAACAGGACCUCUUCAACUAUGUAGCAUCCAUGAUGUAAUGCGGAUACGGUAGUGGCACAUCAUUGGUGUAGCUUGGAUGCCUU